CUCCCCUCCCCUCUCUUCCCGUGGAUGGUGAAGCUCUCUCUCUCUCUCUUUCUCUCUCCCUGGCAGUCUGGUGGAGCCGCACACAAGGAUUAGAGGGUUUGCUGUGAGUGUCUGCUCAAAGAGAAGACAGAAAAGAAGAAGACUGAAAGAGAGAGAGAAAAAUACUCUCUAGAAAAGGACAGCCUCACUAUUGUGGACUAAGUGAUCUGAUUUACCUUUUUCACACAGGCUCUUAUCUCAGUCAAGCUGAAGCCCUGCUGAGCCUCCACCUGGGGGGAGAAGAGAUAAACCCAAAGGGACUAUAAAGCCUUGGACCUCCACUCGGGGAGCCAUGUGAGCGGCACCCACCUUGCACUACAGAGAAGCCCACCUCACAACCAGGAUUUUUUUUCCCUCCCCCUCUCCCCUGGAAACCUCCACUUUCAGGGGACGCUCCAGGCUUGGCGCACCCCAGCAGGAGACACUCAUCCCUGGGCACUGGUCGGGGUGCGAGUGCCCCCCUGGUCUGGAGGCCGGCCGGCAGCAGCGCUCCAGCACCAUGGAUUACCUGUUUGGGAUUGUAGUGCUGCUGUGCGGGGCGGUGCACGCAGGGAGAGGUGAUGAGCCCAAGCACAACGUACCCAGGCUAAAGCUGUCAUACAAGGGUAAGCGCACUCUCUGCUCUCCCCCCUGACUCCAGGUUAUACUCGAACCACUGUGGCUGCUUUUAAAAAGCUGGACUGGUGUCUUGCCUGUGGGUGCUCUUUUAUGCUUUUCUUUUCAUGCAUUUUCUCUUCUUUUUCUCUGAAUCUAUUUCUGCCUCUGUGUCUCUCUCAUUCACUCUUUCAGCCUUUUGGUCAGGGCGCACACACAGCAUCUAACUCCCUGCUGCUUAACCUCCUGUAUUUCUCUCUCUUUCAUUAACUCACUCCUUCCUUUGCACUCACUCUAAGAAUUCACUAUUCUUCUUACAAAAAGUCAUAUUGGUUCCAUAUGCUGACGAAAACCUUCUUGCCUGGAGUGAAAUGUAUAUUUUGGCCCCUGUACCAGUUUUUCCCUUCUUAUAGCACCGUACAGCCCUGUUAAGUGCCCUGAACCGGCAUUAGAGCCUCUGUUUUGAUGGCUUCUGUCCCAAAAAGUCUGUUUUGAUCAUGACACAGGGUCUUUCUUUAAGGGGCUUUUUUGCAAGUUUCACAACUUCCUAUUGCGUUAAACUAAAUUCAUCCAACAGUUGCAUUUUUUAUGGGUCCAGCUAUAUAUGCAUGCUGAUUUAAUAUGUGUGCAUUAAAUAUUCUCAGUGCGGCAGAAUGAAUUGGUCAAAAAUGAGAGGGAGUUUCUUGUGUCUUUUUAUAUCAUGCACGUGUAAGUUUUUGACGUAUACAAGCAAACAUGUUAUUCUCUCUCCUUCUGUGUUAUUUUGAGGGGAGACUGCGGAGCGCCGGUUCUCCCUCUCCUCCUCCCUCUCUCUAGCUCGCUCUCUCUCUCUCCCUCUCUCUCUCUAUGUCCUCUCUCACACCCUCUCUCACACCCUCCACUAAAUCAGGGGUCUUCGUAAUAGCAGACUUUUCAUCUCAGCCAGAAAUAACUGGCAACAUUUUUGGCAUAUUUUGGGAAGCCGUUUUUUUUUUCUCUUUAAUGUCAGUGAUGGUAGGCUAUUGUGGUUCUUUGUCCUAAAACAUGACCCAAAGUAUACGGCUGAGAGUGUGGUCCCUCGAUUCUUUAUUUUUGUCCUGCCUCUCUCGUAAAACAUGCCCUCUGAAAAUUUACGAACGGGCUGAUUUGCCGCCGCUUUGCAGCCAAAAACACGACCGUGUGGUUGAGUGUCACCCAGAGCUUUGGCUCCGGCGACAGUUUCAAUCUAUCUUGAGGGAAAAAUCUGAUUUCUCUGCUUUUUGACAGGAGCAAAUAUAAUAUUUGUCACUCGAAUUUAUUCUCUAUCUUUAGCUGAGACGUUUGGCGUAACUUAUGUUUAGAGGCCUGCUAUAUGACAUGCUUUAUAUUUUAGCUUGAGUGCAAGUUGUAAUUGUGGUGAAGUAUAUUUUCUUUUAUCACCCUUUCAAUUUUAAAGUGUUUAUGGUGAUUGUUUAUAUCCUCGAUUUAAAAUAAAAAUGCAUGGGCCUUGAGGCUCUAGGUUUUUAGCUCUGAAUUUGGCACCGUGUGUUUUUGCUCCAGUGAAACAUUUUAAAAAGUGAUGACAUACAUUUACCAUCCGAACAAGAUAUAUCUGGAGUGAAUCAUGGUUGAACUUACCUGCUAGAAGUCAUCCAUCCCAUGGGCUCCAUUAUAUCAGUUCACACGAAACAGGAGCCUCUAGGCAUGAUGGGAAAAUGUCAUCCUUCCUUUGCACAGCCAUCUGUUAAAAGAAUGUGAAUAUAGUUCCCUCCUGCCCUCUUUUGAGAUCCUCUUCUCUGUGUAGUCUGACAAGAGAACACGUUGCCGACAACAAUAUGAGACAAGAGAUAUGUCAUCGAGCAUCAAAGUCUGUAUUGAGUGACUGUAUGAGUGAUGGAUGUGGAUAGUCAAAAACCAGCAUGGCAGGUCUGCUGGGAGACGUGCUGUCAUGAUAGAUGUACUUUUGUGGAUGUACAGUUAUUUUUGCUAAAAGUACAUCAAAGCCUCAUUGUUUGUGUGUGUGUGUAUGUGUGUGCGCGUGUGCGAAUGUUCUUGCCACGUCUUGGUGUGAGGACUCAACACCCUCUCUUGAGAUUUCCUCCCUUUCGACUGUAAGUGGUGUCUCGGUGUGUUGGGUUUUGUGUGUUUUACUUAGGCAAGAAUGUGUCAGGUUUGGCUUGCACUCAUAUAAUUAGACACCUGGUUUAGUGCGUGGGGCUGUGUACAUAGGCAUGAACUCACAUAAUCUGCAUAUUUUAGUGCUUUUGAAUCUGUGUUUUUAUGUCUGUGCAUGGUUACCAACUGUUGUUUACUUCUGCUGUUGUUUGAACUUGUAUGCAUUAUUGUGUGAGUCACUAUCUAUAAAGUUAUCCGCCACAGGUGCGAGCUAAAUAUUCAACAAUUAAAACCACACUUUUUAAUUAUUGUUUCAAAGAUGUGAUCUGCAACUGCUGUUGGUUUGAAUGUGCAUAUAGAGUGUUUUCAUAACUGAUACUGAUACAAUUUCUUACAUCCAUAACAGUAUUGAUAAUCUGAAUAGUAUUGGUAGCAUUAUCAAUAUCAGUAUUAGUAUCUGCAUUUAGUGGCCAAUACUAAAAUUAGUUUAUCUGUAUACUAGCUAGCAUCACCAGUAUUACUUGAAUUGAUUUUACUCAGUGUGAAAAAGUAGUGUUACUGAUACCCUGUAACAAUACUAAUACCAAUAAUAGUGUUGGUACCAGUAAAGGUAUUUUGUGGAUAUUACCAGUAACAGUAUCUGUACCAGACAAAUUCAUGUUACAUAAAGUUUGAAGAGUUGUUUACAUACUGGUAUUUAUACUAACACUUAUUGGCACAGCUAUUGGUUUAAGUAUUGGUAUAAGUACAAAUAUUAGUAUUGGUAUAUGUAUUGUAUGUCUAAUACCAUUAUAAGGAUCAAUAUCAGUCUCAUUAUACUGAUGUAACAGUGGGUAAAAUGCAGCAUUUUGUAACUACAUAUUCCAAUAUCAAUACCAGCACUAGUACCGAUAUUUGUAUCAGUAUCAGUAUUGUGUUGGCAGUACCAGUUUUAUUUAUUUAUUUCAGUAAGUGUAAAAAGAAAGAUUGAUUCUACACAACAUUUGACACUAACACUUACAAUAUUUAUACCAGUUUUGUGAUUAUUGUUAGCAUCAGUAUUGGUAUUGUAAGGCUAAAACUAGCAUCAGUUUGAGAACAAAAAGAGUUAUUCUGGGGCAACAGUUUGGCGAAAUGGUUAUAUUGCCUGCGCCAUGCACAGAGAUCACAGUCCACAAGAGGGGGGCUGAGGUUGGAUUUCUGCCUGCAGCCCCUUUCCAGCCGCCCUUCUCGAUUCCCCGCUCUGACCUAUCCUCUCUGAAUAAAGGCAUAAAAAUGUCCAAAUUAAAACUUCAAAAAGCUAAUUUUUCCAUACUGAUACAUACAGAUGCUUUUACCAAUACUGAUGUCAGCACCAGCGGUGUCAUUAUAAAAUUACAGUGUGAAAGUCUGUUACAGAAAUAAGAGUGUGGUGCCAGCAGAGAGUGUAAGGUCAGUCUUAGAUUUCAUCAGUCAGCAGUCCUGUUUUUCCUCUUAUAUCAUAUAGUUUUUAUAGCUCAAGUAUUGGAGGAAGUCUUUGUCUUAGCAGAUGCUGGAGUGUAGGUAUUGGUGUCGGUAUCAGUAUCAGUAGGAAAAAUGAUAUUGGAGUAAAUCCUGUGUUCUUUGUGUUUCUCUGCUAGCUAGUGUCUGCACUUAUGUCUCAUGCCCACAGGUGUUUGAUGGCUCAGUUGAUGUCUGUCAGGGGGACAAUUCCCAGUCAACACCCACCCUGAGAGGGUUGGGGAUGAGGUGGGGGUUUCAGUGGUGGAGGGGGGGAUUUCCUUCUAAUGAAGGAAAAGCUGGCAGACGUACAGCAGACGACGCAGAGGGAAGGGAGGCUGGUUGUUAAGUGAAGUGUCGCUCAUCUCCUCUCCCUCUGAGGAGCCAGCACAGUAAUUAAGUCAAAUAAACGACAAGGAGGAAUCCUCCAGGGAAGGACAGUCAAACAAUCAACGAGCCCUUCAGAGGCCGAGCCCAGGUGUGGGACAGUUCCAAAAACAAGGAGGGCCUUCGGUUGGGGAAAGUCAAAUAAACGUCAAGCAUCUGAGCAGGAACCCAUAAAAUCAGCCUUAAAUGAGCACUGAUGACACGCCUCAGGGGGCCACAAGUCAGGGAAGAAAGUGAUUGUCUUCAGGCGGAAAGGACAGUCAAACGACUGCAGAGUGAGCACUUUGAAAGGUAGAACGAGUGAGAAAUGGCGGCAGGUAGGGAAAAUGACCCCUCAUGGGACAGCUGGCACAGCAAGUGAAGAGUAAAUGAUUUCCCACUGGGGUCAGUGAGACAUUCAGCUUAAAGGAUCCAGCUUCAUGGGGACAGAAGUAAGAUCACAGGAGUUAAUGAUUUUCUCUUCUCCUUGAGACCAGAAUAGCUCUUCUCUUCCUGUCCUCGCCUUGACUUGUUUCAGAGGCAUACAGGGAUAUUCAAGUCCAUGUUAAAAUAAUCCUGCUUGAUGAGGCAUAUUGAUCUUGUGAUCAAAGGCGGACAUGUUUAAACAACUUCUGUAAAUGAAAACAUGAAAACUUGAAUGCUCACUCAAACUUUAAGUGACUCAUCAUUUCCGAGAAUUACCGUCUAAAUCCAUGCACAGACUGAAACCUUAGCCAGAGGUGGUUCAUGUUGCAAAUGCUAACACAGUAAAGAAACUGUAUACAAAGAGGUGUCACUGAGACAAUUCAUGGAUCAAUGCAUACCUACACACAUUUACAUUCCUGAACACAAUCCAUGAGUGAAUUAGGAGAGACACUGACCCCCUAAGGUCAAUCAGUGCACUACAGCGCACACCGGCUACAGAGAGGGAGAUUAAUUAAACUCCUAAACUUAGUCCUAUUGUGAUGCCUUAAAAAAGUGCAAAGUUAGCAUCUCUUCAAAACUUAAAAAGCCUCGUUAAACAACCUGAUAAUUACCCUCGGCAUGGGUAAUUACGGAGGCUGCUUUAUGACCUCUUAAUGCCACAGCAGACGCCCCACGCUGGCUGGCUGGCUGGCUGGCUGGCUGGAUGGAUGGAUGGAUUGAUGGGUGGAACUAAGGAGGGAAGAUGUAGGGAGCGAGACUGAGAAAGAGACAGGGGAAUCUGGAAUUGGCUUACAACCCUUUAAAAUAGACACUCGGCGUGGAACCGCACUCAACGAAGUCUGGGCUUGGCCCCAUAAUGAGCCAGGCUGUGCGAGUGUGUCCAUGUGUGCUUGUGUGUGGGCGUAAACAUCCCCUUUGUGGCUGUUUGCGUGUGUGUAUCGCUUUAUCAGUGUGUCUUAUUCAUUCUUUUGUAUGUGAACGAGCUUGGAGUCUCCCCUCUCUUGGUCUGUUUCUCCCUCUGUCCGAUCUGCGGGCCCGGGCUGACAGAGCGGAUGUAGAUAAUUAUAAGGUGUUCUCCCAACUUGGGAGACGUCUGCCUCCAUCUCUUUCUCUGUUUCUCAUCGUUCUUUUUCUUCCUCCCCCCUCUCUUUCCUCCCUCUUCUGUGGCUCAGUCGCAUCUUAAGGAACCACUACACCGCAGACCCCUAAGUACAAUCUUCAAGUAGGCUGUCUCUGUGUGUGUCUUCGUACGCGCGCUCUUGCUGGUCUCCUCUUCCUGUGUCUUUGAUUGCAGCUCAGUCGAUACACAUCUUUUGGCUAUUUCAGCUCUAUUCGAACUCGCACACACCGACUCUGCUGCCCUCAUCAUCGCUUCCUCAAAGCCGCAAAGUUUUGCAGUGGUUCCUCUGCCCUCCAUAAGUUACAUUUCUCUACCCUUACUCACAAGCCUGACAGGCCACAGUGUUGAAUAAGCUUACAAGUCACCACACAAGUCCACAAGUUGAAUGAAAUGUGUGAGAGUGAGUUUUUUAUUGUCAACCUUUAAUGCCCUGUGGAUGAGUGUAUACUGACUCAAACACACUUAGAAAAAGAGAGGCCAUUCAUCGGGUCGAGGAGAAAUCUCUCGCUUGUUUUGACUCUACUUUUCGAUCUCAGAGAGCGUGGUGCUGAUCUUUCUUCUCUUAAUGCAUGCAGUUUAAUCCAAAUGCAGUACCAGUAUGGGCUGGUAUAGGCUGCAAGUUUUUAUGACCCCUCCAUUGCAUGCAUAUGUAAUUAGCUUUCUAAAUAUGUGCAUAUUCUUUGAACCUCCCUUGUGUUUGUGAAAUAUCGCUUCAUUAUUUGCUGUGGAAAAUUUAUUUGCAGGAAAACGACUCUCAAAAAUAAUUCAGCAUGCAGCUCUAAGCCAAAAUAAGAUGUAGUGUCAGCGCAGCGUGUUUGCUCAAAGAUUAAUGAGUCUGCACUCAGCAAUAGCAGUGUACAUUUUUCCCAGUGUGUACAUAAGCACUGUACGGACAUGCACGCAGGGGGAAAAAUAUCCCGUUUCUUUGCAUCUGUGUUUGGGAUGGAGGCUUGGGUUACAGCGUGGCGCAGAUUGCUGGAGCGCGGGUAUGAAUGGGUCCCGCCACCUGCUAAGUCUUGUCAGUCAGAUGGGAGAAAGGGUGCACCAUUCAGUCUUUGCCGAGUCGUGUUACAAAUGAGGGGGAACAUCCCUGCAGAAAUACGGACUGAAGGACUGAAAGACAAACAGACAAAGACAGGGGAGUGGCAGGCAAACAGAAACGUUGAUUUAGGGAUGUGUUUUUUCUUUGUUGCACGGGAUUGAAGUUAAGAGCAUGUGCUGAGAUUUAUUAUGAGUGAGGAUGCUGCUAGCGCUUUUAAUCCCCCACUCUCCGUGUUUUUAUGUCAAAAAUUAAUGUGGGCAUGAAAUACAAGACCCUCAAAAAUCUCAGCAAUUUAAAACUUAAUGCUCUCUCUUUCCCUUCGACUUGAUAUUCCUCUCUCUCUCAUAAAUGUCAGAAGCAGCAUGAGCUAUAAUGAGUCAGGUUUUGAAAACACUUAAGCUCCAAUGUUGUAAUUUACAUCGCUAGAUCAGGAAAUGGGUUGAAAAUAGCAUAAAUCUCUGUAAUUUUUUAUUACUUUUGGUUUUAAUGAUCAUAAUUUUCCUGCAUUUUUUAGCAUUGCUAUAAACUGCAGACGCUCUGUUUUUUUCUCAUUUAUUACACGCAGCCUCAUCCUGUUACACCAGCUCUGUAAAUAAUGGUGUGCAGAGCUGAAAUGUGCAACUGCUGCUGUGGAUGCGCGUUCUCUGUCUCUGUCGCAUCACUUUGCCCGAGACACAUUCAGAUCUGUCGACCCUGCCUCAUUAAUUUCUAAUACAAUGGCAGGGCUGACAUUCAGCUACACGGCACAAGCUGACAGGCUGCACUAACAGGCAGUGGCUCCAGACAUGACCACACUAACCACAGCCUGGUUCCUAUCAGAGUCCAUCCGUCAAAGCGCCUCACAUUAGAUAGCACCGUCUCUGUCUCUCUGCACAGCUUUGCAGAGGGAGUGAUGGUGUGAUUUGUGCCACAUUUUGCCUGCUUGUACAUAUUCAAACAAGUCUGUGUCUGACUCUAUUUGCAUACAAGAGUGAACGCUGGUAUUUGCAAGUGUGCCUUUAUGUGUGUGUGUGUGUGUGUGUGUGUGUGUGUUUUCUUUAAAGUAGUGGGAAGCAAAGGGAGGCAGAGCAGCCUGAUUGCGCGGUGGGUAUUUAGUGGUGUGUGAGUGGGACCUCUGGCAGGGUCUGUGGUCAAAAAUCACUCUUUGCGGUCCAGCCGCUCAGUGACAGUUGGAGACACACACUAAUGAAAUGUUUCCACUUUGAACCACUUUUGUUUCUGCAUUAUUUCUUUUCCCAUGGGCUCAUGUUUCUGAUUUAGUUUACCCCCAUUAUCCUUUUUUACUUGGGUCUACUUUUACUUUCAUUACGCUGCUUUCUCUGCUUUUUCUCUCCUGUUGUGCGUCCUUUCUCACUCUCUGGAUUUUGUCUUUCGAGGGAAAGCAGGAAUGUCAUGUGGUGAAGAGGAGGUCUAGCAUUUUGGUGGAGAGAAAUGAACGGUGCUGCAUGAAAUUCGACACAUACUUAAACUACACAUAUAGAUUCCAUGUGGUUUGGGAUGUGGUGACAUCUUUCUUGUUGCUCCCUCUGAUACAUACGCCAUGGUUAAACAAGCUCAUAUCCACAGGACAGACUAUGGUAUUUAAAGCCCCAUAAUACGCAGCACUUUGACUGUAUAUUAUAGUUAUGAGUCACUUUGGUUUAGAAAUAGAAAAUUAAGUUUCUAUUUCAACUGAAACGGUAUUUUAAAGAGCUUGAAUCGAAGAAAGUCCUUUUAUCUUUACAGCUUUAACAGCAAACUUCCCUCUUUUUUAGUGUCGUGUCAAAAGUCAAUCAACGCACACUUCGCUCAUGUGUAAUUUUUUUUGUUCAAAUGGGCGCCCCUCUUAAUUGUCGAGUUUAAAGCGGCGCAUUUCCUGCCGCAGCUGUCACUCAACUACACCUGAAUGAGAAACCCAACAGCCCAGGUUGUGUUAUACAGACGGUCACCAUGGAAACCAACCCACACCUGCUACUGUGCUUAGAAAGGAAGAGAAAAGGGAGGGAGAGGGAGGUGAACUUUGGAGGCAUGUGUGGAUAUCCUUGAGCUUAGGAUAAUAUUUGAACACUUUGUUAAGCAAAGCUCUCUGCAAAUUUCCACGAGGCGGCUCUGCAGUCUCUGCUUUUUAUUCUUUUUUUUUUUUUCUUCCCCUCUGACACCUGUGUUUUGUGGCCGAGGCCGUCAUGAGAGCUGCACAAAACGAACACUGCGCCACACACAGAGAAAAAAGAAAAGCAUUUGAAGGCAGACAGAAGGACUGACAUGCCAAAACCAAACCUCUGGAGAUUUUAUAGUACAGUGUGUCUUUGGUUUUCUAAAGCUAGCCUUGUGUUUAAAAGAUAAACAUGUGUAAUUCUCUUCGCCAGCUCUUUUUGAGCUGCCAUUUUCUUUUCUAACCAUCUUUUUUUUCUCUUUCUGCUUGUCAGUGUAGUAGCUCUUUAGUAAAACAGACUUACAGACUGACAAACCACAGGAACACACCUGUAGGGUUUAAGUCACGCACCUUUUUUCCAACAGCGGAAAUCAAAGAAAGCUGUGUCAACAGCAGGAAAUUAACAAGCAAAAUGUGUCAUUCAAAGACAUUUUUACAUAUUGAAAAGCCUUCCCUUCUUGUUAAGCCUGUACUGUAGACAUAAAACAAGAGAAACACUUGAAAACUGCUGCCUUAGUUUAAUGGAAUAUCACCCAUGUGUUGAAUCUCAGUCAAGUGUUUUCCUCUGUCAGGCUUUUGUGUUUCGUGUCACUCACACAGCAGCGCAGACACACAUUCAGAUAAACAUAAUUUAAUGCCCUGUCGCCUUUCUUUCACGCAGUUUCAUUAUUCCGCUAUUGCGUGGCAUGUAGGCGUCUGAAACGCCCGCCUGUUCGGAGAAUGGGGGAGUGAAGAGUACUCCACAGACAAUUGCACUUGAAUUUUGAAUGUGGCUCUGUGCUUUUUUUUUUUUUUUUUUUUUCCUGGGGCUUUUUAAGACAAGAGGCAGGUUAUUUUCCAUAAUGAAGAAUGAUAAUUUAUUUCAAUGAAUUGCUUGUUUUUGUCUGUUUGAAGGAGUGGCCUUGAUCAUACAGGCUGUGUGUUUGUAUGUGGAUUAAAAAUGGAAAUUUAAAAACAUCAACGCAAAUAAAAUAUGAUAAAAGUUACAAUUUCUACUUAAAUACAAACAUUUUAGUUUGAUAAAACAGCGAUUUCACAUCAUGUUUGGACACACAUGAGUGAGUCCUUUCGCGUGUGUGUGUGUGUGUGUGUGUGUGUGUGUGUGUGUGUGUGUGUGUGUGUGUGUGUGUGUGUGUGUGUGUGUGUGUGUGUGUGUGUGAUCAGAGUGUACAAAGACCACUCACUGUGCAUUAAGGGUGGAAAUUUCCAGAUAAAUCACAACAUAAUAUGAUCUGAUACGAGACAGAUUAUUCAGCGAACUGACAAUAAUAUCAUGAUACAGAGCUACUGCAAUCGCCAGUAUAUUGCAAGAUGAUCACAAAAUGUUACAUCAUGAUAUCUGAUGUACUGAAGAGUAUAAAAUGCUCCUAAAAAGUAAAAGUGCAAUGUUGUUGUAUUUACUGCGCUUGGGUUUGGUUUCACUGAGAUGAAAGAAUGCAAACAAGGGACAGCUGUCUUUCCUUUUGUUUGAUUUUUACACUGUCACAUCUACCGUCACUGUUGCUUACUCUCCUCUUUUCUCCGCGGGUCUUCGCUGCUGCUCUUCCAGUAUUGUCCUAUCAUGUAAACACAUGAAACUGAGGAGAGGUGUGCUCAUCCUGCCUCAGGCUUUUGUAUUCCAUGUAUACAUGUGGAAGAGCAGGUCACUCUCAGAACAGAUCCACACCAUUAGCUGUGACAAACACAGUUAGUUAAACCUAUUAGUCAAGUAAGCUGUGUUAAUACCUUCAAAACUGAUGAGUUAGGAAAAAUGAACUCCCUGAAAAUUGUGUGUGAAUAGAGAUAUGAGCUCCAGAUCAAAAUACAUUUUUCAACCAGGCUGCAACCAUGUUAUUUUGGAUAUGAAGGUUUUUCUGAAUGGAUGUUAACACGUCUUCAAUGGCUUUUGGCGCAGGCCUCUAGUGGACACUCAAGGAACUGCAGAUUGUAGCACUUCUGCAUUGGCUUUAUCGAUGUAAGCCUGUUGAUAAUUUAUUCUUAAACCUAAAAACAUAAACUUGUUUGAGCUUUGACAUUCAUGCAAGACUGUAGAGGAUAAAAUCGACCUACUGCAGGUGAGUGUUUCCGCAGACUUUAGUCACUUCUAUCUGACAUUUUGCUAUGUCUCUGUUAACUUCUUCUCUGUUCAACCAACUUCCAUUCAUAGUGAACUCUUUCAUGUAAGUAACACCACCCUGAAGUGUCAUGAAGUAGUGAUGCUGUGAGUCAAAUUGGCAGAGAAAUCCAUAUAGAGCUCCACAUCACCUCCACUGAAAAAUAUUUACGGUAUCCUGCCUAGAUGACAAUACACUGCUGUAUCAAUAUUUAAUGUGAAUGUAAUUAAUGUACCAAAAAAACAUUAUGUAUGAGUGAAAAAUAGCAGACGUAGGAUAAACUGUGUGUGUGUUUUUAAAAUGGAGAGAGCGUGUUGAAACUGCACAGCAAAGACAGAGAGUGUGUGUAACCAUAAGUGAAUUACACAUGUACACACAACUUUACGUGUUUAAAUGUAUCAAGUGGCUAAAGUGCAGCAAGGAGAGCGCUUGCCUUGUCUUCACACACACACACACAUACACACACAUAUGCUGGAGAAGGUGUGUUGUUGCGAGUCCUGGUGUGAGUGUGUGUGUCGAAGGGGUCCGGAGCAAAGGAGUGUGUUAGAGGUGGAAGCUGCUGAGUUUGCUCACUCUUCCACUCGUUCAUGCUGCAUAAGCAGAAAUACUGAUUGGAUUACAACUAAGUCUGGGAGGAAGUAUGGGUAUGUGUGCGUGUGUGUGUGUUUGUGUGUGUUCAGGGAGAGUCGAUGCCGUGUUACAUUUAGGUCAAUAUGAAUAUAAUAUGCAUGUCAGUUUAAGGGUGUGUACUUGUUUGCAUUUUAAAAGCAGAGCACGCUGUGUUGAUGUUGAACUUGCUUCGCUUGUGUUUGCGUGUCUUAUUGCGCUCACAUGUUCUUCGAUUGUAUGUCCUGUAUUUUGUAUGAGCUCUGCUCUGCUCUGCUCUGCGCUCCAUAUCUGCCCAUGCUCUCCUUUCCAAAUGGCCGUGUCUGUGUUUAGGUUGGAGGUCCUCCGGGGUGCUCACGCCCAGUUCCUUCAAUUCUCCAAACCGCAGUAGAUCUCAGCUCAGAUAAAAACCCCUCUGUGUGUGUAUUCAGUGUGUUCAUGGGCCACCUUGUCUUUGUCAGCGGCCGCCACGUGUUGAAAUAUGCGCGUGUGUUUUUCUUCUCUGGCCCAUCUGGGGUAAACCUUUCGUGACGGAUUCAGGAGGCUGCCAUGUCGGACCACAUUCCUCGUUCCAGGGUAUAGUUCAGGUCUCUCUUUAUCAGAUGACACAGAUUUCUCAAAUAUGAAUCCAAAAUGGCGAUGAAGAGAGGUCAGGAGAAACCCCCUUCUUUCCUUAUUUUUUCUCAGUUUUGGUUGUUUGUUUUUUCCUCUCCAGUUUUUCCAUUUGAUUUAUUUUAAAAUCUUUUUAUAGCCCAAAACUGCUUUUUUUUUUCAUUUCCCAUCUUCUUAGUUUUCAUUUCAUUUUUCCAUUACUUCAUAGUUGAAACAUUUGAAGACCUCCUCUGGCAUGCUGUUGCCUGGAAAUCACAUUUCCUUACUUUUCCUUGUUAUACUUACUGAACCUACAGUGCAACGCCUGAUUGGUUCAAUAAAAGAGGCUUUCUGAUUGGCUUUCAUUUCUUCUCUUUGACGUUAAAAUCCUUGGCGUCACAGUUGGAGUAUCGUGGCACCAUUUUUCCAUAGUAACAGACUCGUAAGUGUGUACUCAUGUGAAUGCAAGGAUAUUGGCGUGCAUGGAAUGGCCCAGUGUAGAGAAAAAGAUACCUACACACACACAGAAACCCACACACAUACGCUCAACCCAUCUGUGGCACGCUACAAAUUUCUCACACAAACACACAUCCACAGACCUCCAUUCAUGCCCACACCCACCCACCAACCCACCCACCCUACCGCUCCAUUUCCUCAGCCUCAAAAAGACGAAAUCCAACUGACGCAGAUGAGCUGCAACCGUCUUUAUUAGGUGCCGACCGCUCCCUCUCACGGUCCUCAUCCACCCCACUGGUACUCGAUACACAGACGUGGUUGACACACCACUUCCUCCAUCAAUCCUCUCUUUUAUGUAGACACAGAUGUCCAAGAUCUUACACAGUGUGAGUGGGCGCAGAUGGCUCCUAUAGCAGCCCGUCAAUCAGAGCUUUGUGGGGAAAGCAGGGAGAUCACAAUGAUCUGUGUGCACGUUCGUGUGUAUAAAUAUAUAUAAAAUGUACAUUAUCAAGUAUAAAGCAUAUGUGUAGCCUUGUGCCGGUUACUACAUUGUGUGCCUGUGUUUGUCAGUGGAAUACAGUGACACUGAUGAUGAUGAAUGAAGCAGAGCAAUAGUAAGGCUGAUGGAGCAGAGUGGUGAAAAUUAAGAACACGCGUUUUGUAUCAAGUUGACCAACCGCGUGCCAGAUGGUUAAGGGGAACACUCAUUUCUGUUUAUUUUGACUGCUGGACAAAUGUGACUUUUAUUAUCAUAAAAUUCUGACACAAAACAUGCACAGAGAAAACGGCUCAUGUUUGAUUCACUAGAGUCGAAUUCACUGUCGAAGGUUUCAGAUGACUCCACAGUUAUUCAGGAAAGCAUAUGAGGAAGAGGGGCCCUUCUUCAUCGAAACACAUUAUUGUAUGAUUAAAAAGAGUUUCGUACACAGUACUAAUAACAGUGGCUGUAAAGUCAGUGUUUGAAAAAGGUCUGGUCACUUUACUUAUAACCCAUCUACCACCUGUAACGCUACCAUGUCAAUGAGUUCUCGUCAGCCCACUUGUGAGAUAAAGUAACAUUAAAUUAAACAUCCUUCUUUGCUUUCAACACCACAGUCAUGUCAAUCUUUGACUGGCCAUGGAUGGACUAAACAAUUUUGCACAUUUUUUAAGUGUGGAAGGGGCCACUUGAAAAGUUAAGGUACAGUGUGUGAUACUGACUUAAAAGAAAUGGAAAGUAAUAUUCAGAAAUUUGUUCGGAUCAGACUAUAAUUACCUGGAUUGGAUUUAAUAAUCAUUUUGUUCUGGUCAACUCUGGAAGAACCUUUCACAUUUACAUAGAAAUGGGUCCUCUUCCACAGGGGCAGAUCUGAUUGCAUUAGACAUAAACUGGACUGAAAUCACACCAAGUUGAAUUACUCAAGGUCAGACCAACAUACCUGGAUCAGUCUUCUCUUGCGUGUAUGUACCUGGAUCCAGCUGGCCCAAGUGUUCAUGGUUUGCAUACUAGGUGGUAAUCAAACCCUCGACAGAAGAAGAGAACAAAAAACAGAACAUCAUAGAGCUGUGAAGAUGUGCGUUUUCAAUAUUCAGCAUACAGCCAGUUAGACCUUUACUAACUUGUUUGUUGAUUGUUUUAGUGAUGUAAUACCUCAACUGUGAGAAGGUCCAAUAGUAACUAGCUGAACAGGGAAGAUUGCCACCUGAUACAGUAGUGCUGCUUGUUAACUGGGACAAAUAAAUGUUACUAUCAGUAAAUACUACUGCAGUGUAGGUAUCAGACUGAGAGGUUAUGUGACAGCCACGGGAAAUGUUUAAAAAAAAGGGCUAAGACGCCUACAUACUCAGAAAGGGGUGCCAAAGCUGAAACAAAGUUCCUCACAGGACCUUUAAGUUAUCCUGUAAGAAAAAAUCAGAAAAUACUUACUUUUGCAAAGUUGGAACUAUAGAAGUAUUUUGUCUUAAUUUCUACAAAAGUGAUUAACCAACAAUAAAAAUAGGGGUCUGAUGCAGUUUGUAAGGGUUGUCUGUUCACCACUAUCAUCUUUUUGAGUCCUAUUUUUAAUAGCCUUAAUAAAGAUAGAUCUUUCUUCUCUUUCAUUGCUUUACUUGACGGUUAAAUCUUUAGUGGUCUCACUGUAAACGGUGUAACUGACCCAGUUUGUCCUCAGAUCCCUGAAACAAACAUCAAUCAAAGAUUAACUUGGUCAUGCAUCUUUGUUAAUGCUGCACUAUUGUUGUAACACUAACUGAUGUCAGAGUUGAAGGAAAUCAUCCUCAUGAAUUAAAAGUUAACUUCCUGAGCAGCAGACUUCAGCUCUGAGCUAAAGCUAAAGCUAAUACUGGUUCUCAUUAAGCUUGGCUGCUUAUUGUCAGUCUAACCAUUAGAACUUUGUACACCUGAAUAAAACACGGCGCAAAAAUCCAUGUGCAGUCACACACUCUCCAAAGAUGAUUUACAUAAUAACCCAUUUACAGCUACAUGCGCCACACACACCCACUCUUACUUAUUUACUUACACAGUGUCUCCCCCAGCCCUGACUCCAUAUGAAUUAUUCAACCAAUCACACGGCUGAACAGUCUGAACCAUGUCCCUGAUUGGGACAUGCUGUGUUCAUUUCAAGAGCCUCACGCUAUACCUGAGUGACGCAGAUGUAAGCGUGUGCAAACUGUGUGUGGAAAAGCAAUUAAGGAAACAUGGAAAAGUCACUAGUUUCCUACAACAGGGUAUUGACAUGGUGGAGGCAUAAAAGUUUGAUUUGCUUUGGGGUAAACACAAACGUUUGCAAUUUUGAUGUUAUUUUUCAAGGAGACCUAUUCCACUGAUUUUCACCUUUAGUAUGUUAGUCUGGGACACUUUUAGAGUAGCUUUACAUGAUCUGCAGCUCAAAGAUUUAUUAUAGGUGUUACUUUUUACACAGCUUUGUAGUCAUUUAAUCUACGUAAAAGUUCAUAGAAAGCACCCAAGGCUACCAGUUAGUGCCCAAUAAGCUUUACACUUAGCCUUGUUAGCAUAAGUAAUAUUUCAGCGAUCCUUUUGGUUUUUAUUCUGAAAACGUGAACUCGUCACUUCCACCUUCCAUCUUACCUCCUUUCGGUUAACAGCCUAACCGGAAGGAGAGAUUAUUAAAUGAAUACAUGGAGAAAACUAAACUCAAGGCUUGCUUUUCACACUCUGAGUAAAGAAUCAGACAGACAAGUUGGCCGUGUGACUUUGUUUUUUGAUUUUCUGCUAAACAGUAAAAGGCGGAAACCAUGUGCCUUCGACAACAUCAAGACCUUUUCAAAUUUGUUGUAUCAGUCUUUAAGAAAUUGCAAGCCACUCCUAAAUAGUCACCAUCAUGUCUCUCUUUUUCUCUUCUUCCAGAGAUGUUAGAGUCCAGUAAUCUCGUCACGUUCAACGGCUUGGCCAACAGCUCGAGUUACGACACUUUCCUGUUGGACGAGGAGCGAGGGAGACUACUGGUCGGAGCCGAAGACCACAUCUUUUCAUUCGACCUCGUCAACAUUAACAGAGACCACAAACAGGUAUAACUGGAGUGUAUAUUUGGUUUAAGAGUUGAGCGCAGGACUGUUUUUUCAGUUUGUUAUAUGAGCUUUUCUGUUCUUUCCCCCACCGCUGCUCCCUCUGGAGUCCAUUACACCAUCCCCUCUUUUCCUCCCUUCAUCCCUCCCACUGUCUGUCUCAGUCCAGACAGGCCUGUCCAUAAUUUCAUUAUCCCACCUGGACUAGGUUAACAGUCUUUUUAUCUGAUUCGAGCUGCUAUCAUAGACACACAAGACUGACACAGACUUGCCUGCAGGCUGCAGAAUGCUGAGCAGGGGAAUGAAAGUGCUAAAAAAUACAUAGUCAAUGCAGAGAGAGGGGAAGCAGGAGAGAGGAUGUCUAUGAAUUCUUUUGCCCUUGGCUCGGAUGUACAUUUUUACCCUCUCUUUUAACUCUUUUGUUCUGAUCUUUGCAUCAUUAGGAGAUAAGGGCCAAAAAGCAGUGAUUAAGCAAAUCUAAUGUAAUUACCCUGAAACGUGCAAUGCAGAUUUCCAAGGAGAGGAAAACUCAGCUGAUCUCCAGCCGAGAUAAACUCUAGGAAUAGAAGCAGAAACGCGUGUGUAUUUGAUCAAACUUAGCAAAGCAUGUGCGUGCCUAUGCAUACAUUCCCUUCGUCUUUUCACAUCUGUGUGGCCACCAAGCAGAAAAAGUUGUCUGAUUUGCACCCAAAUUUUGCGAAAAAGAUCAUUCCCUCUUUUGUUACGGGUCAAACAUGCACACAUGUCCACAGCAUGUGUGUUCCUAAUUCAUGUGACACCAGGGGCUGCAGAUGGAUUAGUCAAAAAGACGAUACAAAGCCAUCAUUUACUUCAUGGUGAGUCAUAUUACCCCUGAUACAAAGGAGUAAAGGCUUGAUUUUGGCACUUUUUUCAAGUGCAAAGCCAAACCGUAUGCUUAAGAUCCAAACCAUGGAAGGAAUUUUUGGUAACACUUUACUUGACUCAUAUCUCUAUAACGCAUUAUAAAUAUAUUUAUAAUGCAUUAUAAUCAUGUUAUAGCACUGUAUAACUAUAGUCAUAAACACUCAUAAAUGAUCAUAAUGCUUUAUAGCAAUAAUCAUUGCUAAUGAUUAACAGUUGCAAUGCAUUAUCUAUGUGGUCAUUGUCAGUGAGUUGUUAACAGUUAUAACACAUUAUAAUACCUGACCUUGUAAGUCAUGAAAAAAUGCUUGAUAAUGUGUUGUUGCUAUAAAGCAUUAGAAUCAUUUAUGAGUGUUUAUAACUAUAGUUAUACAGUGCUAUAACGUGAAUGUAACGCAUUAUAGAUAUAUUUAUAAUGCGUUAUAGAGACAGGCGUCAAAUAAAAGUGUUACCAAUUUUUUUUUUUUAUGCCAUUUGUUUGAACCAGAAGCCAAAAUUUAAACAAUAUAAACUGUAUUAAUCAACCAAAAAAAGUGCAGUAAAAAGAGCAAUACAUAAAUAUAUUCUAACAUGGAACCUUUCAACCACUGGUUUCAGUUUCUUGUCAUUAAACCCCCAUUACUUCACCACUUUUAUGUCUUUUUAGGCCAUUUUUUGCAUCAUCAUUGUGUAUACACAAUAAAGAUUUAUGAAUAGUUACACGUGGUAUGGCCAGUGAAGGUGAAGUACAUGAUUGACCCCAAAAAGACAGAUACAAGACAAAGAGCUAUAAGAAGAUGUUGUACCAACAAUAAUGGCACCAAAAAUCAAAUGGUACAAUUGGGCAACUUUGUGUAAAAUCCACUCACAUUGUGAGACUGUCGGCUUUUAUAGGAUAAAUGUUUAGUGUUUCUGAGGCAUCUAGGGGCUUUUCUAUUCCACAUCAAAGAUCAAUUAACCAAUCUUUAUCUAUAUACCAGUUCACAACAAGUGUUAUCCCAUGUCACUGGUCUGGUCUAGACCAUCCUCUCUUUACAAAGGUCUGAUGUAAAGAUGGGAUAAAACCAAGCCCCAUCUUGUAAGAUCAGACCCACUCCCAUCCCAUCUUCAGCCACGAGUAAAACACUUUUACAAAACAGUAAAACAGCAUUUAUCAAGUUACAAUGGAGAAGAAAAACUUCCUUUAACAGAAACCUCGAGCAGAACCAGACACAUAUAAGACAGCUGUCUGCUGAGACUGCAUUGGGUUUAGAGAGGGGAUAGAAGUACAUGCAUAAGUGAAGGCUGAUGUCUUGUUUUGGUGGGCAGUUCAGAGGCUGUAUCUGCAAUCAGUGUCUGCUUUCCAUAUAGAAACAAGAAUUGGUUUGUUUUCCUGAAAAUCAGUCUUGGAAAGGGGGUUGUCCGAUAAUUAGAGCCAUCGUAUAUUUGGGUCAGUAGGUACACCAGGACGUCUCUUUCUAACACAUGACCAAUCUACCAACAUUCCCCCGGAAUUCCAAGAAUCUUAGUUUUCUUCUGAUUCACUGCGUUUGACUCACUUCCUUCCCUAUUUCAUGCAACGUAAAUCUCAUCCUCUCCACUUCCUGCACAAUGUGACUGUCUUUUCUUCCUACAGAUUGCGUGGCCCGCCACCCCCUCCAAGAGGGAUGAAUGCAAGUGGGCAGGGAAAGACUUUGGGGUAAGUCCACAUUCAUGAUGGCAUCAUUACUCGAACUCUCCCCUACAAUUUCUGCCUCUAUUGUUACACAAAUUAUACAGCUGUCUCGUGCAGUUCCUUGUAAUUCUUCAAUUUCUCUGGAAUGUUGUUUUGAUGGUCAUAAUGCCGCAUGGGGGAGUUUCUUUAAUCCAGCAUGCGCACAAGAGGAAAAUUGAGCUGAAAACAGAUGAAAUAAUUAAGAGUUCUGGUGCGCUGAAUGUUUUUUUUUCCCCAACAUCAAUGACGCUCAUGUCUGAACAUGCUAUACGGCAGAGCUUUUAUCACAGUAAGGUGUGCCCAGUGUCUCAAAUGCCACAAGGACAUUGGGAGUGUGUUUAUUUGUGUGCCCCAUGUGCAUAUUUAUGUGGGAGUGCAUUGUUUGAGUUCCUGCUAUCUGACACUGUAUGUUAGUUCACAUGUGCUGCUCUGCAAAAGUUUGCUGAACGCACCACAUGCCAGCAGCUUUGUUUGUGUGUAGUGUAGCGUUAGUGUGUGUUAUCUUUGCGUUGCUGUUUGGAUAGGCCCUCUCCGUGUUGUAUCUGAUCUUAAUUUCAUGGCUGGGUGAGUCUGGAGUGCAGCGGCUGCAGGGUUUUAGGAUUAUCCAGAAUUACCUUGUCCUUCCGACUCACCACCAGCUUUUUAGGGAUUCUCGCACAAAAACAAAGCCACAACCACACAAGCAACGCAACACCUUCACUCCCUUCCUCUCUCAGUGGAAAGAGAAAUGUGUUCUGGCAGUGCAAAGUCACAGAAAACACAAUGAUGAGGUAUUUGCGUGCUGCAAAAGUGUUUACUCUCGAAAAUGAGGCAGAGAUGGAGUGCAGCAUGGCGUGGCCUUGAUUAGGACAUCACUAAAAUAUCCGGAGCUUCCAAAGUGAUGCAUUUCUCCAAAACCACAAUCUGCAGCCGCUGAGGAAAUGUAACAGCUGCCCCCCUUAAAAAUGCCUGAUGGCUGUAUCAUUCUUGUUGGCAGGAUGAGUGUAACAUUGUCCAAAAUGUUGCAUUUGAUUCAUACAACAAAGGAUUCAGAAACUGGCAUGUGGAUUAACAACCUUCCUAGAAAAGUCUGAUAUUAUCUCAGUUUAUUUCCAGCUAUUACAGAUAUUCAAAGCGUAUAAUAGCCCAGUGUUAUACUGGAUUUAGGGUAUUCUUUGUGUUCAAUUAUCUCAGUAUAAUCUCAAAAUCGCCAUUUAUUCUAACACAUACAAAACCACACAUAAAUCUGUCAACUCAUUUUCCAAAUGGAAAGCCAUCAGCAAUAGCCAGCCCAAAGAGAGUCUCUAUUUGAUCCAAUAAUGACUCAUUUGUCCUCAGCGGGUGUUGGGGUUUUCACAUAAUGACAUGGUUUGUGAUCAGGGAGACCAUUAUUCACCUGGAGGCAAGGCAAAGCCACAUGUUUGAGGGACGUGCAUAACUAACGUCCGUCAGUGUUUAGGUGCAGCCUACCUACCACAUAGCUAAUGACUCCAACUCGAAGACAGCCAUGUAAAAUUGUAAACAGAGCUGACAUCAGGGUAAGAGGGGAUUAAAGGAGUUGGUGAAAUGCGUAUAAUAAGAGCGUGAGAGUGAUGUGGGGGGACAAGUGCCCCUGCUGUUCAACAGGAAGAAACACAGAGGGGAAAGUCAUUAAGCUACGCAGUCUCAAAGGCACGUGAUCCGCAGGUUGAGGUCAACUACAAGACUUCUUGAAGUCCAGGCUUCCUCUGUGAGCGCCAAGAUCCUGUGGCUUAAAUAAGCGGACAGUAUAUACAAUAUCGGGAUUGUGAACUACUGUUAGACCAGAAGUUCGGUUGAGUCAGUAUUAUCAAAAUGGCAAAUGCCACCGAUAGGGUUCAAAACUCUACUCCAGAAACAGAGGAGUUUUGUCACUGACCAUAUAUCCAGUUAUUAUAUGGUCUAUGAUGGAAAGACUUCAGUACAGUAUGAGGAGGGAACAUAGUAAAGAGUUUGCUGGAAACAAAUAAAAAUCAGAGAGUCGGAACUUGUUGCUCGUCUGAUUAGGUUGUAUUAACAUUUUUUUGUUGAGAGUUAGAUAAGAAGAAAGUUUCUACUUCCAAAUCCUUGCAUUCAGUUUGAGCUGCUGAGCAUAGCCAAGAUUUAAGGGUUAAAAACAGGGGCAAACAGCUUGCCUCGGUAAGACUUUAUAAUAACUAUCAAUUAUAACUAGUUAAUUGAUCAUUAGUAAACUGUUAAUUACUGAGUUAUUACUGACCUGUUAAGUGUUUUUAACAGUUUGUUAAGGAUUUAUAAUGAUGCCUUAUAAAUAGUUAAUAUAUCAUUAGUACACUGUUAUUUAAUGAGUUAUAAAUGACUUGUUAAUUGUAUGGUAAUGCUUUAUAAGGAUUCCUUAUAAAUUAGUAAUAGAUCAUGAACAAGCUUUAAGUAAAUUACUUACUAAACUUGUUGAGUAUCAGUUAAUAGUUUAAAUAUGUAAUUGGGACGUUAUUCUAAGGUUGCAACUAUUCCCCAUUUAUUAACUGUUAGUACAUGAGGAAUAGUUGCAACUUGUUCAUGGUCUAUUGCUAAUUUAUAAGGUAUUGUUAUAAAGCAAUAACAUACAGUAAACAAGUCAUUUAUAACUCAUUAAUUAACAGUUUACUAAUAAUCUGUAAAGUGGUUAUAACUGAUAGUUAUGAUUAAGUGUUACCCUUACCUCUUAUUUCUAUUCCUCAUUUAUUAACUGUUAGUAAAUGAGGAAUAGUUGCAGCUUUAUAGAAUAACAUCCCAAUAACACAUAUGAACUAUUAACUGAUACUUAACAAGUUAUUGGUAUGUAAUUUACUAAUAGCUUAUUCAUGUUCUAUGUCUAAUUUAUUAGGUAUAGUUAUAAAGCAUUAACAUACAGUUAACAAGUCAUUUAUAACUCAUUAACUAACAGUUUGUUAAUGAUAUAUUAACUAUCUAUAAGGCAUCAUUAUAAAUCCUUAAACUGUGAAUUAACAGUUAACAAGUCAUUAAUAACUCAUUAAUUAACAGUUUACUAAUGAUCUAUAAACUAGUUAUAACAGAUAUUUACUUUAAAGUGUUACACUAACCGGUUAUUUCCAUUUGCCUGUAUUUUUUUUACUGUUGUUAUCUCAUCAGAGCAUGGAAAAAUCAAUUCCAGGUUUCAAGGAGGUUCAUGUGGCAGGACUUUUUGUUGGCAGGGUGCAGUGACCUGCCCUGACUUUGAAAUACACGUUGAGCUAUUUUUCACAUUUAUAUUUUUCCUUGGGAGUUGAGAGGGUGAAUACCAGUCCAAGGACCAGCUGGUUGUUAGUAAGCAUGGCUUAGCACAGAGACUGGAACUGAGGGGAACAGUCCAAAAGUAACCCUACCCUCUUCAUCUUUUCUUUAUUACAUACAGUAUAAAAAAAGAAGCACAAAAGGGACAUUUGCUUGUUUGUAGGAGGUCUAGGUAUCAGGACUGUUUGUUGGCCAUUUGAAGUGAUCUGCCUUUCCUUAAAUCAUGUUUUUGAGACAUGUUUACAUUAAGAUUUACCCGCUUUUACACUGCAGUUAAGAAGAGUGACUAGUGGACAUGAUAAGUCCUGUUUUUUGCUUGGAGGUAGAUUUUGUUACCUCUGGAUGAGCCUGCCUAUUUGGUCCUUUAUGCUGAGCUAAACUAACAGGCUACUUAAUCCUGCUUUGAGUGAACUUACAGAUAACUUCUCAUACAAGAUUUCUCUGCAAAGAAAUGACUCAGCACACUUCUCCAAAAAAGUCCUGCCAUUCUUUUAAGCAGAUUACCAGAGAGGUGAAAGAGUCAGAGCUUAGACAUGACUUUCUGCCAUUUUGAAUAAUGGAGUGAAAUAGUGUUUUUUGGAAAAGGCUUGCAGCGUGUGAUCCCAGAGUCAAUUUGGUGUUGCUCUGGAAAAUGUCAUCGCUCAAACUUGAAGACAGUGAAGCCUUGUUCUCAUUUAUGUCUCAUAUGUGGGACAUCGUCAAAUCACCAGACUGAAAUGUCAGUGAGAUUUAAAGGCCUGGAGAGAUACACGUGUUAAAGUGAGGAAGAAAGAAAGAUGAGUCGCUCGUGUGUAUGUGAUUUGACGUAUGUGCGCUGUGUUUUUAAAUCCCAGAGCAAAUCUGCGCUUGUUGAUAGGCCAAUAUUCGGCAUGUAUUUAUAAUAAGGCACAACCCAAGGCUAAUCUCUUAAACACAUGUGCCCAAAUCAGCUCCUCAAGGCCGCUAACAAGCCUCCUGCAUUAACCAAUCCUGUUGAUUAGCACUCUAAUAAACAGUCUCACACCACUGGGACUAUCAGCAUGUGCUGCAGGGCCAACCCAAAUAACCUCGGUAAAUUCAAACAUAUGGAUCAUUAAAGAUUGGGGGUAUUGCCUGAUUUGAUUUACAGGUGGGAUUUCCUUGAAGGAGACUCAGUUUCUUUCUUUCAGUCUCCAGCAAACCAACUGGAAAGCCCCUGCUUUAAAGGAGAGCCUUCCCCUCUUCUCUAUUAUUCUCUGCUUUCUGUUCGUCUUUAUUUUCAAUCAAACCAGGUCGAUGUUAUUUUCAUAAAGGAUCAGGCUUAAUUCAAACUUCAUGAUAUGGGGGAGGGAGCUGGCCGUUUUGCAAGUUAAAGCUAACAUAUGCAACCUAUUUUAGAAAAGUCCCCCAAGUUUUGAAUACUUUAUACGGCCAUAUAACCUUGAUAGAAUUACUACACAAACAGAGACUGUAUUUCAUACAAUGUAGGUAUUUAAUCUCCUUACCAUGUGCAUGUUUAAUGUAUAAGGCUUUGCAUUGUGUGACGUUUAAAUGUGCUGUCACUUAUUUCUUUUUACAGAGAGAGUGUAAUAACUUCAUCCGGGUCCUCCAACCUUACAACCAGACACACCUCUACAUCUGUGGCACAGGAGCCUUCCACCCAAUCUGUUCUUUUCUGGAAAUGGGCAAGAGGGCGGAGGUAAUACAGUGGGUUCAUAAAUGUUGUUGUUUUUCUACAGGUUUAAUCGGUUAUAUAUGCAGAAGGUGGUUUAAAUCUCAACAGAGGUUUAAUUAACAAGCCAUGUAACCUGACACCUUAACUAACAAGAGUAGUCCAGUAGUUUGCACGGCAUCCACACUGCCUGCUCUUACAGCCACCCACUCGCACAUUUUUCUGCCAAGCACAGCAGUAGUCAUUCCCUUCAUUGAUUAUCCUCCCAUCAAUGUUUUCUUUUGUGUAAAGAAGCGGAAAAAAAGUUGUCACUACACAGCAAGGCGGAAAUUGAACAACCUCUCCCUCUACAUGAAAGUUUAAUCAGUCAUCCUGAGAAGGCCUACAGGUUAAUCAAUGGACCAGUGUGGGUUCUUCUUGUCCAACAAUGGGGAGAGGAUUGACUGUUUGCCUCAUGCAGGUUUCAGCAUAGAGGGCCCUGCAUGAGCUCACUGGAAGUGAAAGUUGUUUUUUUUUCAGUGAUUUAUUUAAAGAAACUAAGUGAGUUUUCUUUCUGUGUGGCUUUUCUUUGAAAUAUGAUCAAGUGACUUUGACUACUCACUCUCUUUUACCUAAUUAUUCACUAUUUUUCCAUUUCGUUGCAUAGAUACAGAUACUAUUAUUGGUCCAUGACCAAAGCAGAACAAGUCAGCCAUGUAAAAACAUUGUUUUAUUCUUAUGGGGCCAGACGUUUUCCUCCAUGUGCAGCGCUAUAAUGAGAAUUUGGUGUAAUUUGAAACAGGCUAUAAAUGUACCUCCAGCCAGGGUCAACUUGGCUGUCUCUGACCUCUCUCUGAACUCUGACCCUUCCCACCACAGGACAACAUCUUCCGACUGGCCUCGCAUUUCGAGAACGGUCGCGGGAAAAGCCCCUACGAUCCCAAAAUGCUCUCAGCCUCACUUCUGAUCGGUGAGUUUGAUCUCAGCGAUGACGCACGCACUUAGCCUAGAGCUGAUGGUUCGUUCCUAACUCAGCUCUUCUUCACUUACAGAUGGAGAACUGUACUCUGGCACAUCUGCUGACUUCAUGGGGAGGGACUUUGCUAUUUUCCGUACCCUGGGAGACCAUCAUCCAAUCAGAACAGAGCAGCAUGAUUCAAGAUGGCUGAAUGGUAAAAAUAAAAUAAGAAUAAAAAGUUUCUUAUUCGCACCAUGUCACUCUCAUAGGAAGGACUUUUCACUUUGUCAAUAAUACUAAAGUUUCUGGAUUCUUUCUGGGUGUUAGAAGUUGUAUUAAGUAUCUUACCGAAGCGUUGGGACCCUUUGUAAAAUGUUAAUGAAAAUUUGAUUUGAUGGUCUUGAAAAUCGUUUCAACUCUAUUCUCAAUUAUAGUUGGGCAAAAAAUACUGAAAGCCAACUGGUUUCUGGAGUCUUAAAAGUAGAAUGUUCCCCACUCCCGCUUGAUAAAAGGAUCUGAGCGGCCCAUGUUGUAUUUUUUAUUUCAAAUGUUUUCACAGGGGACAAAUCAGGACUCAGAACUGUUCAACUGCAGAGCCGCACUGUUGUAAUACGUGGCAGAGUUUGGCAGUGUCCUGCUGAAAUAUGUAAGGUGUUACCUGAAAAUGGCACUGUCUGGAUGGCAGCAUAUAUUACUCCAAACCUCUUAACAUAGUUCAGUAUUUAUGUAACCUCCCCAGAUACCUAUCUGCAUCCUUGUGCAUCCACAUCAAAUUUGGAUCUGUUGAACCACACAGCAGUUUUUCGCUUCUCUGUGGUGCAUCUUAAAUGGAUUUGUGCUGGCGUUUCUGGAUCGUGUUUAUAUAGUUUCCUCUUUGCAUAGAUCAACUUGCUUUUGCAUCUCUCUAUUCCUAUGCAGUGAUUUCAACUACAGAGUCCAAAAGAUCAAAGCUCGGAUCAAAGAUCAAAUCUAGUGUUGAUUUUUUGGCUUGUGCAGAAGUGUCUCCAGAUUCUCUAACUUUUUUGAUGAUAUAAUCUACUUAGCCUCCCUGGAGUGUCCCGUUUACACCCAGACUUGUGUUAAAUUCACCUCAUUACUAGAGAAAUGACCCUUCAGGAGUCUUUAGGCAUUACACAACACAUAUGGAACCUAUUUUACAAGACAUUACACAUAAACACAUUCUUUUCAGUGUUUUGUUGUCUCUGUUGUCCCAGAAUUACUCUGAAGUAUGUUACUGGCACCAAAAUUCAAAUGAGCCUGUAUUUCUCAGUAAACAUUUUAAAUGAAUUUGCACUAUUUUUAUUCAAGUAUGGGAUUCAAAUGAUUUGCAGUCCGUUUAAAUCUGAUUUGGGGCAUUGGGUAUUUUCAGGUUUUUUUCUUUUAUCAUUUUUUAUUCAAAUCUGUGGCGUUUCUGUGUUUUUUUUUCAGUGGAAAGUUGCAUCUAUAGUAAACAGUGAAAGUAUAAAGUGUUCAGACUGCAAAAGCCAGAUAACAUACAUUUCCAAACCUCCAAACUUCAUGUAAAAUUAGAUUCUAUGGCCUACAUUAACCUCAGCUUUCCAGCACAAUAGAGAAGGUAAACUCUUGUCAUUGUUGCGUUUGGAGGAAACGAUAACAGCCACUGAAGCAUUUAAUUCUCCCACAAGCUUCAAGUCUCUACUUAUUCCCAUUCAGACAUCAGAUAUCACAGCCCAUUCAUAAACUCACUGGAUUUGCCUGUGCGAGUAAGAUUAGCGCGCCAGUGCCAGUUAUUGACCGUUCCGUCUGUCUGGCUAUCUGUCGGCACCGCGGAGGACUCAGGGAGCCACAAAAGGUCGGUUUGAACCUUUCCCUCGAGCUGUGCCAUCCCUUUUCCCCCCUCUUUCCCACAGAACUAAUCCGCUCUCAGCUGUUUUCCUGUAGUGGAGUCAGAUUUCUCCCACUUCCCUUCUUCCCAAGCACCAUCAAAAUUCGCAAACAAAGUCCUCUGUGGCGCUGAUUACUGUGACAUAUUAAUAAAGAGCGAUUUAAAAAGGAGGAGUCAUUGUUAGCGCGCUAAUCCCCAUCGAUCUUUCACCUUGUUCAAACAAAUGCACCGGGGAUUGUAUCCAUCGGGGCCCCGCAAAAUCCAGCUCCUUCACCACAAAGAAGGGAUUGUAAUUGCUUGGAUUACGGGGAUGGGGGAUAUUCUAUUGGGGCUUUAUCAACAAGGUUACAUGGCACUCAGAGAGAAACUUGGAAAUGAAUCCUUAAUAGCAGUCGCUUUGAAAGGAUUUAGGGUUAAAUGGUGGCUUUGGGUUUUCUGGGCUCCAAUUCUUGCUAUUUAUUUGCAGAUCUUCACUCUUUAAUGCCCUCUCAGCUGAAAGUGUUCUUGGAUUAAAUCUCUCCUAAGUAAAUUGUCCUUUUGUUGGGAAUUAAAGAAAAUGAAUUCUCCAGACUCGGUUAUAUGUGACACCAGCAGAAGCCUGCAGCUAUCCCGUUACAUUUACAAAUGUGUGAAUUUAAGCACUGUUAAGGUAUUGGGACAAACAUGAUUUGUACCAGAGGUCCCGGACUUGUAAAGCGCUUAUAAAUCUGCUCCCCACUUAGGCCACACUCAUCUUUUCACAGCUACUCUAUACCCUUAACGUCCAUGGAGGCGUAACAUGGCACUGCUUGUUUCUCUCCAGCUAACUCCCCGAGCUCUUUAGACCCAGGCUCAUUUUACACGUGAUGACGCCUCAGUGACCGUGGCCACUUUUCCUCGGUCCCCGUUCCCCCUUCAAGUCCAGAUACAGUAUAUCCCAAAGCCUUAGGCCUCGACUCGCCCCGUCUGACUUUGACUUCCUCCUGCGCUUAAAGUCUAGAUACAUUUAUUCAAGUGUUACCCCAGACAAUCAGAGCCAUGUGUGUUUGUGAGGAUGUGGUCUAAAGAUGGGGGUUAUGGGGGAUUUGGACUUGGAGUGCUCACUUUGGGUAGAGUCAGAUACUGUGACACAAGGGUGUAAAGUGAAUGGCUGUUAUUACUGAGCCGUGACUGGAGAGUAUCACAGGGGAUUGGUUUCGGAGGUGUAAAGUCGGGUGAGAGGAUGGUCGUCAGGGCAGGAGCUCGAGCUUGCAAGAUUUAUUUUUUAUGGAAAUAAACAUCGAAAUGUAAACUCAUCAGUGUGCAUGUUGUUUUCUGCUUUGUUUGUGUUUUUUUCCCUAGACCCCAGGUUUGUAGGGAUAAGCUUGAUCCCAGAAAGCGACAACCCCGAAGACGACAAGCUCUUCCUGUUUUUCAAGGAGAACGCCAUGGAUGGAGAGCACACUGGCAAGGCCACCAUCGCCCGGAUAGGACAACUGUGUAAGGUAACAACACACAAAACAAACAAAAAUAAUGGCACAGUUUUGUUUUUCUGACGUUUAAAGGUCCUUACACACCGGAACGACGCAAAUAUACGAAAUUACAAAAUAUUCAGAGGCUAAUUCCGACGCGCCUGACUAUACACAUCAGGCGCAAUGCGAUUUUGUGACUUUCCGACUGACACAGACUGACACAACAGCAGACUGACUGUUUUUCAGUUCUCAUUAGACACUAGUGUUGAGAUGUCUGUCUGUCAUGAUAGCAUGUACUGAGUUGGGGCCAGUACCAGAUAAGCACAUUAAACUGUAAUCCAUAAACGUAAGGGAACACCUGAGACCUAAUGGUGCUGUGACAGCAAUGUGAUUGAGUUUGAGACAGUGAAAAUACAUAUGGUAUGUUGUAUCUGAACAGGUUAGCUUACGAGCUCAAGUUACUAAGCACAGAUGAAAGUUAAAACAAAGACGUUUAGCAAACUGUUAAAGCACACAAACCAUCGUCACAUCGACACUAUGACUCUCCACAAGUUGUCUUUCAGGUCGUUAUCUUUCUAAUAAUUGUGUUUUUAUAAAAAAAAAUCAAUCUGUUCUUUGACACAUAAACAAUCAGGCGGUCGGCCAUGUUGGAUAUACCGGUGAAUCUGACGUCGCAACAACACGAAAUCUGAUUGGUCAGAAGUGGACAAACAGUGUGCGAAACUUUAAAAUAACUUAAAAAGGCAACAGGAGGAGAUUUUUUAAUCUGUUAAUUCCACAAGAUAUGAUAGUGGUAAACCUUCUAUAUAAUAAUAUAAGGGUUCCCACUUUGUCCACAGGGGGCGCCAAAGUCAACACGGACAGAAAGUUCCUCAUAGAAGAUUUAAAAAAUGUUCAAAACAACAAAUAAUGCUAAAAUAUUCUCAUGUCUUUCUGAUCAUUUAUCACGAUGAGGUAUAUUAUGCAUCCCUAAGAUUAACUACAUGCUUGAUGUCACAGCUGCAGUUACAUUGAGUUGUUUGUGUGUUAAUAAUACAGAACGACAUGGGAGGUCAUAGGAGUCUGGUGAACAAGUGGACCACUUUCCUCAAGGCCCGCCUGAUGUGCUCAGUACCUGGGGUCAACGGCAUAGAUACACACUUUGACGAGCUGCGUAAGUGUUGUAUUUAAUCUUGUGUGGGAAGAAACCUUGUCAUAACUCAUUCAAACACUUUGUAAAACCUCGCCUUCACCUGCUCUUGUGUUGUAUUUUCAGAGGAUGUAUUUCUCAUGAGCUCCAAGGACCCGAAGAAUCCAGUUAUCUACGCAGUAUUCACCACAUCCAGGUACUGAUCAGUCCGCAUCCUUUCAUGAAAACCCCCCAAAAAUGUGCUCUCACAUUCUUAAAUAGCUUGACAGACGCUGGUUGUAUUAUAUUUGUUCUGUGGAUUUAUGGCCAGGAGAUCAGAGCAGCCAUCCUGGACAAGUUAUUUCCUCUGUAUUUGAAAAACACACACGCUUCAUAUUUCCUUUCAAGAUCCCUUCCCUUUCACAUCCCUUACUUACUCCCUUUAUCUGUAAUUUCCUUAACGUUUAAGAGGCAUUGCAGGAUGCGAGCAGCUAAGCGUGGCCCUGUCAAAUUCCCAGACAGCGCUCCCCGUCCCGUAAUCCACUUACAGGUGUCUUACGGCUGCUUUCCCCCCCUGCCGACAUCUCCCAGAUUGAAGAUUGCUUUUCAGCCGAUUCUGCUGUUUUCCCCACUACCUGUCCCCCCCUCUCCACUUUUUUAUUUUUUCCAUUGAAACCUUGGAAGAGGAUUGCGUGGAAAUCAGAUUAUGGAGCAGGAGGGAGCAGGAGAAACACGAUAUUCACUCAGCAGGAACGCUUGUCUCUCCCGCUGGCCGCCGCCCCAGCCUUGAAUGGGGCUUUUUUUUAUUUUCCCAGAGGGCGGGUGUGGCUCUAUUGAAGCAUGUGAGAGGUGAAGGCAUGGUUGAAAUGGCACAGAUGGUGGCACUUAUCAUGAUGAUGAUGAUGAAUAUGCAUUUAAGGAAGGAGGAGGGGGGUGUUUUCUGUCCAGUUGUGGCUCGGAAACACUUUGAAAGGAGGACAAACACUUCACAAUCAAUCACCGCUGAUGAUAAGACCGCCUGAAUAGAAGAGCGACGCGAGCUGAGGGUGCAUUCAAAGCAAGGGGUUGCGGCGUGGAGGUGGGCGCACACCUACGCACUCACAUGUGCCCAGACUGACACACAAACACACAUGCAGGCUGCAAAAUUCAAUUACAGGGCAUUGAGGAAUUAGAGAGCUUUAAUUGGUUUUCUAAGUGGCCGGUUUUUAGAGAUGAAUAGAGCAGAUUUGCUGAGGGACCGGCUUUUAAUAUCACUGCCUAAUGAGGCACAAAGACGCUGGUACUGACAGAUCAAUGCAGGAUUGUGCCCCUGUUUGUGUGUCCAAGCAUUCCUAUGGGGGGUGACAGAAUUUGAGCGUCCGUCCUCUAUCUGCGCAAACACAUGUUCGCCCUCCUUCUCUUGCUCAGAUAUCGGAGCGUCUUCCUUCUCUCGCCCCUGGAGUUAAUUGAAUUUCUCUGUAAUUAACAUUUUCAAAUGCUAAUCCAUUCAUCUUCCGCGCUUUGGUGGGUACUGCCGGCUGUGUGCGUGCCCACCACAUCACUAAUUAGCCCGAUACAACUUCCCAUUGCAGUUCGCAAGACACAAAGGGCGGCCCGAAUCUUACUGAAGCGUUCGGUUCCUGCAAACGCAAGAGAUUUUCUGUCCAAAUUAAAAGCUGUCAUCUGUGGAAAGUGACAAAAGCUGAUGAAAAGAUGAUUUUUCUAACAAAUUGCUCACAAGUGUAUAAUUACAGCGCAUAAAGUAAAUACUCUGUAUAGAGGCUCUUAAAGUUACUGCAGCAGCCAGGUUACUUUCAGGUUGUAUAUAUUUGAAGAUUCCAGCGAAAAGUCCCAAUGUCUCCACUUUCAUGAGUCACAGCUCCAAUCCCUGUUCUCUGGAUGACCCAGGAUCCAGCCUGAAUUUAGAUAUAAUCCACAUUGUUUCCCCUUUUUUCCACAAAUCGAUCGCCCUUCCCUACUUUGGAGCUUGUUUGGCUAAAAAAAAAAAAACACACCCAUCUGGCUCCAGCAAAUGCUCGCAAAAUAUUGCAGGGGAUUUCAAAAAUGCUUCAGGUCCAGGUCUCCUGGUUUGUUGGUGGCGUGCCCACAUUCCUGUCUGUUCUCAAGAGGCUGGAAGCAAUCACAGCGAAGUUCCAAUCUGUCAGUCCUGUACUUAGGUAAUGACAGCCCUGCUCCCCUCUGUCUUUGUGCGAUGAAGGGUCAUUUUGUUGUCUUUCUUCAGUAUUUCACAGGCUCUUAAUCCCCGUCUUCUGACUGAUCGUUUAUGAAUCCUCUCUGUUUUUCUUUGUCGUCUUAUUUCACCGCUCUCUCUCUCUCCCCCUAUCCUUGAAAUCUCUUCUCUUUUUUCAUCUCUCACUUCCUCUCUUUGUGUUUUUUUUUCUCCACAGUAACAUCUUUAAAGGCUCAGCAGUGUGUAUGUACAACAUGGCUGAUAUCAGGAGGGUUUUCCUGGGUCCCUACGCCCACAGAGAUGGACCCAACUACCAGUGGGUGCCUUUCCAAGGGAGGGUGCCCUACCCUCGCCCUGGAACUGUGAGUCAAACACAGAAAACUUUAUAUAAAAACAAGGAAGAUGAACUUUACACUCUCAACACUUAUGUAUCCUGAUCUGAUUCUCAGUGUCCGAGUAAGACUUUCGGAGGGUUCGACUCCACCAAAGACCUCCCCGAUGAUGUCAUCACCUUCGCCAGGGGUCACCCGGCGAUGUUUAACCCAGUGCACCCAAUAGGUGGGCGUCCCAUCAUGGUGAGGACAGACGUGGACUACCAGUUCUCCCAGUUGGUGGUGGACAGGGUGGAGGCAGAGGACGGCCAGUAUGACGUCAUGUUCAUCGGGACAGGUACACAACUCCACAUUUCAACUCUGUCAUCAGCUUUUUAUCCUCAUCAACAUCAAUUCUGAACGAAUCAAAUGCUGCGUUCGAGUUACCUCGGAAGUCAGAUGUCUGAGCUGGGAAUGACGUCACACCAGAGUUACCAGCGUUUCAGUUACCAAGUUGGAAGAAAGCAAAAUCGGAGGUGGAAACAAGAUGGCUACAUCUACAAAAGUUAUUGUAGCGCUUGCCUUGUCCAAAUAUAAGACAAGACUAACAAUGCACUAACAGUACAUUUGAAGAAAUACUCAGAAAAGCAAUUUUACAUUUAGUUUUCUCAUGAUAUGUCCUGUAGCAUCAGAAAAAUGUCAUUUGAACAUAUGAAACAAACAAGAAAAACAUGUUUUUUCAUCAGAGUGGGUCUUUAAAGGCUUGUAGUUGGCACAACUCAACACCCUUCAGCCUCUUUCUCCCCACACUCCUGAACGAGUGUGUCAUCUCGAAGCUUUGCAGGAUGGAUCCGCCUAAAGAAAGACAUAGAAUUUGGCAAAUUCAUCUUUUUUGCAUGGUUUUACAAACUCAGUGUUUGAGCUUUGUUCUCAAAGUCUUCUUAGUUUUAAUGCAUAAACAACUUUGAUUUGUGCGCCUCAUCACCUCCCCUCUCAUACACCCUGCAGCUCGGCCCACCCUACCUCCCACUGUUCCUCUUUUCUGUAUUUGUCUGAUCUUUUGACAAUAUUCAUCAGCAGCAGCAGCAGGUUUUGCAAAGAUGCCCAAACAGCACGGCUCACACUUUGUAAUGUUCCACUUGAUAUUACAUCAUUGCAGCUGGUGAUCCAUGUGUGCGUGAGGCUUUUUAAACACGUAGCGAUUUGCAACGAUCCAAAAGUAAGAUAGAACACAAUAACUUUUAUAAGAGCGGUAUGAGAGGGUUCAUCUAUGUUAUCACCUGCUGAGCAUAUGUCAGACACUGCAGGUUAUCAGAUGUGAGGAGCAGAAGGGGAAGAUGAAUCGUCUAGAUCAUAGAUUGCAGAUGUUGAUCUCUCCCAGAUCAAAAGAAGAAAACUGUAAAAUGGACAGGGUUUUACCUGGGCGGCUCUAUGCGUGAGAAAUAUCUGAGUAUCUGAUUUCUUUCAGACAUGGGCACGGUGCUGAAGGUGGUGAUGAUCCCCAGAGAGAGCUGGCACGACCUGGAGGAGGUGGUGCUGGAGGAGAUGACUGUCUUUAGGGUAAGACGUCAAAACUGAUGUGUCAACAGCUCCUUCUGCAGCUUUAAUGCCUUUUAUAAAAACACAUGACUUCAGCCGUGGUAUUAAAACAGCUGCUCUGUAUUUGUUUUGUGCAGGAGCCGACUCCCAUCACCGCUAUGGAGCUGUCCACCAAGCAGGUAAAAACUCGCCUGCAUACAUAAUAAUUCUCUAAAAUAGCUGCUGACAGGGCUACAUCACAAAAAACGAGAACUCCCGGGCCCUUGAGUCAACACAAAUAUCCAAAAACAAAGAUAUGUAAUUGCCUACAGAGGACCAAACCCACAAGAAAACUCUCUUUAAUGAGAGUCUUUCCAGCAGAGCCACGCAGGAACAUUAAAUUUUUACAUCCUUUCUCUUUUCUUUCGCUCCCACAGCAACAGCUGUACCUUGGCUCGGCUCUGGGCGUAUCGCAGAUGUCUCUGCAUCGGUGUGAGGUGUAUGGGAAAGCUUGCGCCGAGUGCUGCCUGGCCAGAGACCCUUACUGUGCGUGGGACGGCACCGAGUGCUCCAGAUACUUUCCAACCGCCAAGAGGUAGGAGCACAAACCAGAGAGAUCUCUGACCUUUGUUUAUCCUGGGGGGAUUUUCCAAGACUGCACACGUCUCCUCAGCAGCAUUCUCCUCUUACACCUGGGAGUUAGCAGUGCACCUGCAGUUGCAACUGGAUUUCACAGCCUUGUUUCUCUAACUUCAGACCUCCACUAGCCCAUUAGAGAAGGCUGUGAAGGUGCAAAACACACACGAGGAGCACACGGUGCAUGCCAACACAUCUAAACAUGGAAGUAAUCUAGAGUGGGAUUAUUACAAAAACACCAAACACGCUCAUUAAAAACGCUCACACGGGCUGAGUGUGCAAUCCAAGAGCUACAAACCAGCAACCUGGGCUCGAACCUCCGCCAGCAACAGUUGUUCUGAGUUGUGAUCUGUGACCAAACUGCCAAGAUGCACACACUCAUAAAGACGCACACGUGAAUAUACAUCUCCACAUGAACACACACACUAAAUUACAGCCAACAGGAGCCGUCUGACCGCUUCACCCCGCAGCCAGGAGGUAUGAACAUACACACCCUCAAAUUACCCUCUUCUGGAUCCAGUGGGAUUAAGCUGACCACCGCAGCCUUCACACACACAGACACACACAUAUACACACAUCCCAUUCAUCCAGAACUUCUCACACCAGCAGAAGUAGGCCAGUGGGUUUUUACUCCUGCUUGGCGGGGUUACAGAGAAGGUGGCACGCCCCGUGGUUAAGGCCGGCUCUCCUUCACUCUGCAAAUAUUUUUCCUACCGGAGUGAGAGGCAGACAGCCGGCCGUGCACGUGCUCAGACGGCCAAAAGAGACAGGAAUGCUGGCAGGAUGGGAGACAGAGAGACGAGCAUCAAAAUCUGUUUGAAACAAGACAGGGGCGACUUCAACCUCAAACAAGAUUUCACAAACUCAAUAUUCUAUCCGUGUUUGCUUUUCCUCUCCCUGCUUCAUCCUCUCACCUUUGGCUCACCUCUGCUCUGAUUUUCCUGCACUCAUCAGCGACUUUGAUAAUGCGACAUGGCAGGGGGACACUUUCACAGUAAAACCCUGCGAUGAAACACCUCUCCAUCGAUCUGAAAAAAGCCGAAAAACGGCACACUUCAACAUCCAGAGGACAAAGAAUGAGGCUGUUUUACAAGGUGUUUCAAGGGUGAAACAAUACAGUACAUGUUUCAUUAUCACGGCUCAUCAGAAGGCGAUGAAGCGAGCUGUUUCAUUGCUCCGCAGGUUUAUGUUUCUUACAAUCUGCCAGGGUUUUUUUUCUCUUGUUAAACAGUGGAGUGAAGGUUGAAUAAAUAUACGCUUUCUAGGUCUGAAAUGUCAGUGAAGCUGUCUGUGAAUUAGUAUAAGGCAACAUUGCCCCCUAGUGGUUGGAUAUAAACAGUACAGGGAACUAAACUGUAACUUUCAUGUGUUUUUCCCCCCACAGGCGAACCAGACGACAGGACAUCAGAAAUGGAGACCCUCUCUCCCAGUGCUCAGACCUUCAGCAUCAUGGUACCUCUAAAGACUAAACUCACACACCUACGUUUCUUCUUGUCUUCUUGGCCCCACUGCUCACUCUCCCUCUUGUUUUGGUUUUGAGUAGAAGACAUGGACGGUUUAGGCGGCGGCAGCGUGGAGGACAGGAGCGUGUACGGCGUGGAGAACAGCAGCAUGUUCCUGGAGUGCAGCCCCAAGUCUCAGAGAGCACUGAUUUACUGGCAGCUGCAGAAGCCCAACGACGACCGCAGGCAUGAGGUGAGUGGAGUUCUCUUGGUGGAUGUAUUUUACUCCCUGAAAUCCUGCAGUUUGCGGGGAAGUAUUCAUACUGUGUGGAAGUACACAAUGCUGAAAGUGCAGAAAAAAGUUAAUGUAAAGUAUGAAUGAAGAAGCUGUUGAUGCUUCUUAAUUUUUGAUGUCGUUCUCUUUCUUUUCCAGAUCAAGCUGGAUGACCGGAUUCUUCGUACAGAUCAGGGUCUUCUCAUCCGGAGUCUGACUCAGUCUGACACUGGCAUCUACCACUGCCAGGCCGUCGAGCACGGCUUCAUCCAGCCUCUGCUGCGUCUCAACCUUCAGGUCAUCCCCUCCCAAAAGCUGGGAGACAUCCUACCUGGACUUCCUGGAGCAGGAGGCGGGGUCGGCCACACAGCCAAGCACCGUCUGUGGUAUCGAGACUUCCUGUCCCUCCUGGACCACCCAGACCUCAACAGUGUGGAGGAGUUCUGCGAUCGAGUUUGGAAGAAGGAGCGCAAGCAGAAGAAGAUGAAGCCGCCUAAUGGUAACGGUCAGGGUAAAGCUGAAAACAACGGCGGGUCAAAUGCUGCUUUACGGCCUAAAGCGUUGGCUCCAAAUACCCAGAAGCAGCAACUAAGUCCCCCACAGAGCAAACCGUGGCUCCAGGCUGGAGGUCCAGCAGUGGAAGAGCCAACACGGAGCCAGAACGCCCAGAAAGCUCAACCAAACCUGGGUAUGCUGAGCAGCCAGACGCCCAAGAACAACCAGAAGACACAAAACGGCCAAAAGGGGCAGACCGGCGCCGCAGGCCCUCAAGGAAGCGCAGGCGGGGCUAGAGCGAGCAGCCAGCACGCAGCUAAGUGGAGACGGAUGCAGGAAAACAAGAAGGGACGCAACAGGAGGACCCACGAGCUCCAAAGACCCCCGCGAAGCGUUUGAGGAAAAGCACAAAGAUGCACAUGUACACACAAGCACAAAUCAACUCAUCCAUGCAUACACACACAAGCACACUCUGUAGUUUGUGUUACAGCAGAACAACAAAUCAGUAAAUGCAACACUCAAAUGUAGAAAUCUGUGAACUCACGUAGGAACAAUUGGAAAAGUCAAACACAGACAGACAUAACCUGUGAAGAUCAUGCAAACUGGAACACACGCUGUAAAUGUGUGAGGAUGUAGCUGGUUGCCUGGGAUACUGACUAGCAGACACUUCAACCUCCUGUACAUAAGCUACUAAAAUAAGACUGGAUCUACAGUGUUUAGUGAGGUGUUUGUUGGUGAGCAGACAGACUUGAGACGCUGAAAGGACAGUUGAUAGACACGCAGACGUUUAUAGGAGCAGGACCUGCUGACCUGAGCAUGUAAACUGCAAGAAAGUGUUCCUGGAAUGGAUUAAAAAAAAAAAAAAACUCUUAUUUUGAAGGAGAAAAGACUUUCAAUUCAAGAGAGACAACAGCACCCGGAAUCAAGAGAAGGGUCGGGUCGCUAUUCACCAUGUCAAAACAAAGAGAAGCAUUAUAACAUGCAGAAUCUGCAGAGGACGCUCUGCACCGAGAGCAUCGUGCAUGUUGUCGUCAGUCAAUGUUUUAAUAAGCUAGUUAUUUUAUCGAAUUCUAGAGGCUUUUUUUACACCCUACCUUUAAAAAGAAUUAAAAACCUUACACUUUUAUUUUAUAUUUACUUUCCUUUCCAGACACGUGCUUCUGUUUCGGGGGCAAAAAAGUACAAGCAUCACAGUAGUCUCGUUGUGCAUUAUCCCUUCUGCUCUCCAGGAUUCUGUGUAAGUUAUUUUGUUGUUGCCUAUUCUGGGAUUUAUUGAGUCUGGACAAGAGUUCCAGUCGUCGGCUAUGCUAAAACGCCAGUCUGAAAGAGACUGACACUUGUUUUGUGUACAUAUAUACAACAAACUUAACUCUCUGUGUAUAUACAGUACAUAUACAGUACAAGGACACCACUUGAUUAUUAUUUAUUGCUCAUUGUUUUGUGAAAGGGUUGCAUUUAUUUUUGAUAUUAUGGUAUUUUUGGCUCAUCAAUAUAUUGGAGAAACAACGGCAACAGCAACUGGGAAGAUUUUGUUGGACCAAGCGGCUGAAUUUACACCGAGGGAUCCCUUUUUGGGGAUAAAAGGUUUGACAACAAGUACAGGGGUUUGAGUCACUAACUGAAUCCCGAUAAUGAUAAGCACAAUUUUGUCUCAUAACAUCCUUUUCUUCGUGUUUUCCUUUCUCCCAAAUCCAUCUGACAUGUCUUUGUUCCUUCAGUAGCCGUUAUGUGUAAAAUAAUCCCCCAGACUGAAAACAUUAGCUGUGAAUCUCUGUUAGAAAUAGUGGAGAAAAUGUAGUCUGAAGGAGAAGACACGUUAUACUGCAUGUGAAUGCUACCUACAGUAAGUGCAUCUUUUUUUAUCGUCUCUUUACGUGUUUUGUGUGAGAGGUAAAGUUCCCUUAAAACAAGGUGUGAUUACUUCUGUCCUUUUCUCAAAACAGUGAUAAUAACAACUCCUAAUACUCUGGCCAAAGCUGUUAAGAUCCGAACUCCUCAAUGUUCACUCAACAAUGGUACCCCCCUGUCUCCCUGUGCCCUCUUAAUACAAGAGUAAUGUGUCAAUGCAAUAACAUAGAGCAGAUAGUGUCCUCUACCAAAUCUCCAAAGUUUGGUGUAUUCUGAUUCGCGUCCCUCCCUCAGAGUUAGAAAAGUGAGAGGGCUGAAAGUUACAGCUGCUGUAACACAGUUCUUUCUGGCAUGCAUUCGGUUGUCUAAAUAAACAUCUCCGUUACAAAAAAAAA